AUGGACGCCUCCUCCCUCCGCAUCUCCAAGUUCGAUGGAACUAACUUCCACGCCUGGAAGUUCAAGAUGCAGAUGGUGCUGGAGGAACGGGACCUAUGGGAGGUCGUCAGCGGUGAGAUCAAGGCGGAACAGUGCGAGACUCAGUUGGACCUGAUGAACUUUAGACUUCUUGGUCCGAGUGCAAAACGCAAAGUGAAUAUAUAUUUGUAA